UGGCGGUGGCGGCGGCCGCACUCGCACUCGCUCGCGCUGAGGGGCCGGCGGCGGAGCGAGGCUGCGCGCGCCGACCAUGGCUGAGAAGCAGAAGCACGACGGGCGGGUGAAGAUCGGCCACUACGUGCUGGGCGACACGCUGGGCGUCGGCACCUUCGGCAAAGUGAAGAUUGGAGAACAUCAAUUGACAGGCCAUAAAGUGGCAGUUAAAAUCUUAAAUAGACAGAAGAUUCGCAGUUUAGAUGUUGUUGGAAAAAUAAAACGAGAAAUUCAAAAUCUAAAACUCUUUCGUCAUCCUCAUAUUAUCAAACUAUACCAGGUGAUCAGCACUCCAACAGAUUUUUUUAUGGUUAUGGAAUAUGUGUCUGGUGGUGAAUUAUUUGACUACAUCUGUAAACAUGGACGGGUUGAAGAGGUGGAAGCAAGGCGACUCUUUCAGCAGAUUCUGUCAGCUGUGGAUUACUGUCAUAGGCAUAUGGUGGUUCAUCGAGACCUGAAACCAGAGAAUGUGCUGUUGGAUGCUCACAUGAAUGCCAAGAUAGCUGAUUUUGGUUUGUCUAAUAUGAUGUCAGAUGGUGAAUUUCUGAGAACUAGUUGUGGAUCUCCGAAUUAUGCAGCACCCGAAGUCAUCUCGGGCAGAUUGUAUGCAGGUCCUGAAGUUGAUAUCUGGAGCUGCGGUGUUAUUUUGUAUGCCCUUCUUUGUGGCACCCUCCCAUUUGAUGAUGAGCAUGUACCUACGUUAUUUAAGAAGAUCCGAGGGGGUGUUUUUUAUAUCCCAGAAUAUCUCAAUCGUUCUGUUGCCACUCUCUUGAUGCAUAUGCUGCAAGUUGACCCCCUGAAACGAGCAACUAUCAAAGAUAUAAGAGAGCAUGAAUGGUUUAAACAAGAUUUGCCCAGUUACUUAUUUCCUGAAGACCCCUCCUAUGAUGCUAACGUCAUUGAUGAUGAGGCUGUGAAAGAAGUGUGUGAAAAAUUUGAGUGUACAGAAUCAGAAGUAAUGAACAGUUUAUAUAGUGGUGACCCUCAAGACCAGCUUGCAGUGGCUUAUCAUCUUAUCAUUGACAAUCGGAGAAUAAUGAACCAAGCCAGUGAGUUCUACCUCGCCUCUAGUCCCCCAACUGGUUCUUUUAUGGAUGAUAGUACCAUGCAUAUUCCCCCAGGCCUGAAACCUCAUCCAGAAAGGAUGCCACCUCUUAUAGCAGACAGCCCUAAAGCGAGAUGUCCAUUGGAUGCACUGAAUACAACUAAGCCCAAAUCUUUAGCUGUGAAAAAAGCCAAGUGGCAUCUUGGAAUCAGAAGUCAAAGCAAACCUUAUGACAUUAUGGCUGAAGUCUACCGAGCUAUGAAGCAGCUGGAUUUUGAAUGGAAGGUAGUGAAUGCAUAUCAUCUUCGUGUAAGAAGAAAAAAUCCAGUGACUGGCAAUUAUGUGAAAAUGAGUUUACAACUUUACCUGGUUGACAAUAGAAGCUAUCUUUUGGACUUUAAAAGCAUUGAUGAUGAGGUGGUGGAGCAGAGGUCUGGUUCUUCAACACCUCAGCGUUCCUGUUCUGCUGCUGGCUUACAUAGACCAAGGUCAAGUUUUGACUCUGUGACUGCGGAGGGCCAUUCACUUUCUGGCUCUCUUACCGGCUCUUUGACUGGAAGUACAUUGUCUUCUGUUCCACCCCGCCUAGGCAGUCACACCAUGGAUUUUUUUGAAAUGUGUGCCAGUCUGAUCACUACUUUAGCCCGUUGAUGAUUCUCUAGUGUUUGUCUUUCUGUUAUUACACUGUGAAAAUCAGAUAGAUUCUAAAAAUUAUUGUUUUACUUAUGAUAUCACAUACUCUGGAAUACUGAUUGAGAGUUAUGAAUAUUUCCAGGGGACACUCAAUGCCAUUGAAAUUACUGAAAACAAAAAAGUCUCUAACAUUUUAUUUACCUGAAGACAUCUGUAAUUCUAUUUUGCCUAUGAUAAAUUCAUAGAGGCUCUACCUUUAAUAGGUGAACAUUGAUGAAAAUUAUUGUUAAUUUAAAAUUGUGAGUUCACUACAGAUGAUUAAUACACCUUCAGUGGUGAAUCAUCUCAAAGAGUGGUUUGGCCUCACCUCUUGGCUUUACUAUUUAAUGUAGGUAAAUCCAGUUUACUUCCUAAAGUUUGGCAGGCUUUAAGCUGUGUUUAUGCACCCAGUUCUCUUGCACAAGAAGAAAAAUAAUACAGCCAUUAGUAAGAUAGUAUUUAAAUGUUGAAACAUUAAAGGCUGGCCCCCCAAAUUUCAGAAGCCGAGUUGUUCUUGUAAUUUUAGCUUUAGCAAAUAUUGCCUAGUGUUUAACAGAAGGGCUGUGGUCCUGAAACAGAUAACUGGUUUACAGGUUCCUUAAAAAUAACUUAUAACCAGCUAGAGGUUUUAUUUUGAGAUUUCCUUGAAUAACAUAUUUAUCUUAAGAGUCUUCAAUGUUCUUAGUACUGGAACAUCUGGAAUUGCAACAACUUUUGUGUUUUUCAUAAACAACAUUUUUUUAAAAAAAUAUUUUAAAACAUGCUUUCAAAACUAUCUUUCUCAAAUUCUUUUUGGCUCUAUUUAUUUUUGUAUUUUAUCAAGCAUGGUGAAAUAGAUAAGUUAAAUGAAACAAAGCAAAAUUAUCAACAGUCCCUUAAAAGAGAACUCUUAUUUUUGAUGUAAUACAUGUGGUGGUGGGGAGUGUGCAUGGGUAUCCCACUGCAUAUCACAAUACUAAUUCUUCAUCUGAAGUUCAAGUUUGUUAUUGCAACCAUCCCCCUCCCUCACCUCCCCACCACCAUUGUCUUUGUUUUUUGAUCCUUCAUGGCUGAUAGACUUAGCUUUUAAAUCUUUUCUGCUUCCCUUUCUCUAUUCUCUAUCUUGGUUGCUAGCCAUUCAGUUUGAAAACAGCUUUCUGGCCCGAAGGGCUUUUGUGUACUUCCUAAGCUUGAUAGGCACUGACCUUCACUGUUGAGGCUGUUAGGGUAGGGAAGCCUUAAACAUUAAAAAAAAAAAAAAAAAAAAAAAAUUCUCUUGAAUAAAUAUAUGUGUUGUUUAUAUAUAUACAUAUAUGUAUUCACACACCAGGGCUUUUAAAGGAAAACCAAACUGUUUUGCUUUGUGCAGGUUUUUUUUUUUUUUAAGAUUAAAAAGAAACCUAUAUACAGCAGAGUAGAUAAUAGCUCGUUGCUUAUACUGUUUUAGUGAAAGUAUUUAAUUUUUAAAUUAUGUGUAAUUUAUCUAAUUUGUAUUUAUUCAUUUGUUUAACGUGAUGUAAUUAACACUCUCAUUCACCUGACCCACCCUAGAAAAGAUUAAGCUCUUGAAAACAGGUUUCUCUUUGCCAAAAAUAAUGUUUUCUACCAAGAAGCAAAUGAAAAUCUGGCCAAGUUUCUCUUAUAAGAGUUUAUGGAAGAUAAGCAUGCCUGUCUUUAAGUAGUUUUGAGUCAGGAGUUUGCGGUAUGUCACAUCAUAUUAGUUUAUAGAAUUUAAAAAAAAUGGUGUUAAGUUAAUCUUAAGUUUGAGUUCUUAAUAUCAAAAGGAAUUGUUGCUUCCCAAUUUGGGAAAGAGGGUGGGUUUGCAUUAAACCGUUUUAAGUUUAAAACUUGGAAAGAUUGCCAUCUAGUGGCACCAAAGGGUACUUUUUAUGAUUGUUUUUUACAGGGAUAAGCAGUCCAGCUGUAUUAGUCUGAUGUGUAUUAUAGAUAAGGCAUAAUAUUGGCCUCUCCAAAUGUGUAAAUACCUCUUUUGGGAAAAACAGGGCCACCUCAUAAUAUGUGCUUGACUAUGAAUGGGAUGACCUUAGAAAUAAGGAAUUAAUCUAAUGAUUCCUUAUCCCCAAUGAUAAAAUUCCUAACAAUUUUGAAGGUGGAGAAACAGCAGCAAGGAAGACAGUAGCAUUUUAGCUUUGUUAGUCUAAUCAGAUAUUAAAAACUUAUUCAUAUCAAAAUUACUUUAUAUGGGUGGUUAUCAUGUUAUUUGAGAAUUAGAAAUAUUAUAUACUAUUUUCUCAUUCUUGCCAUUAUUCGUGAAUAUCUACAUUUUGAUGACAACCUGUUGAAUAUUAGGAAAACCAGCAUUGCAGUUUCAGUUCUUGUAUGCUUCCAUUUUUAAAGCACAGAAACUCUGAAUCUAGAAGGUUUAGUACAUUGCUUUAUAUAGAAAAGAUUUCAGGAGGCUCAGCCCAGUAUAAUAGGGGCUAGAACAUUGUCACAGGAGGCUUUUGUUGCUAAUGGGCAGGAAGAUAGAAUCAGUUGCUAAAUUCCCACAUUUCAGUCUUGUAAGCUGGUUAAUUGUGGAUGUGGUAUGUGGUGGUUAGAUCUGGGAUGGGAAGAAUUUCUUCAAGUUAAGAUUUGGGAGGAGAGCUUCUAUUAUUAGGUUAGAAAAGACUUAGCUACAUCAUGGAAAUGGACUCCAUAUGGUUCUAAAAAGCAGUUCUCACACUGUAUCCCUGAGGUGCUCUGCUAAAAAACGAGUCCAUUGAGCGAGUUUGGAAAAUGUUAGAUGCCACACUCCUGCUUGAAGAUGACAAUAGAUAUGAGCAUUAAAGACUUUGAAAAGCCCUUCAGUGAAAAAAAAAAAAAUUUGACCUUAACCCUGCUUUGUCCAAAUUAAUUUAACUGUAUUUUAAAUUUAAUUGCCCAUGGGAAAGCACAAAUUUGAAAAAUACUAUUUUUGGAAAAUUAUUGUCCCAGGUUUCUAGAAUUGGUUAAUUAUGUUUAUUAAUACAUACAUGUAAUUAUGUAAUUAUAACUACAGAGGAAGGAAUAGAAUUAAGAUUUCUUUUCUUCUUUUCUGUUGGAGACAAUAUGGUUCAGAAUCAGAAAAAUUUCAUUUUAACCCGUGGACAUAUCCAUUUUGAGUAAAUGCUGGACUAAACAGAAAUUUGUAUGUCUGCGAUGUAUUUCAUAGUACCUUGAUUUUCUUAAUCAGGUUGUGAUUUGUUUGGGAGCAAAAUUUAUUUUUUGUUGUGUGGAAUGGAUAACUGAAAAACCUUAAAACCGAUUACUUGGAAAAAAGGGCUAAGAAACUAGUGACUAAUGCUUAUGGCUCUAUGGCUUCUGUGAGCAGUGAGUCCAUGACAUUGAUUCUUACUCUAAAAAUGUGUAGUCAGUGAACAUUUUCUAAAUACUUUUAUAUUGGACAGCAUAUUUAGCUCUAAUUCUUGUAAUCUUUUAAUGUAGGAACAGAUAACAAAUUGAAUAGGGACAUAGGCAAACUAUUUCAAGUUGGGCUUUUGAUUUGAUUAACAAACUUUUGACACACUUUUGUAAUCUCAAGUGUUUGCUUUCCUUGAUAUUAGCCAUCUAUAACAAGAAUCUAGGAGCCUAAAUUAAUCAGAAGUACCAGUAUUUCUCAGUCAGGGAAUUGGCUAUAUGUUUUAAAAACAAUUCUCCAUUUUCUGCAAAUAGGGUUCCCAUGACAGUUACAUAAUUGUGGGCUUGCUUUUUCUUUAUUCUCUAGCCAGUUUGUACUCAGGGAAAAUAAAUUGGUUUUUUAUAUUAGAAGAGACAUAACUGAGAAAACAACCAUAUACAACUGUUAGUUUUCUUGACUAUUUGAAUUUAUCUGUAGCUUCUAUUAAUGUGCAGUAUACUGAAUUAAUAUAAGCACUGUACCUUCCACUUAUAAAAUGUAAAAGCUUAGAAUGUGGUUACCACAGACACUACUGUAUCUAUGUUUAUUCACUGGUUAAUAAUUUAAAUUCUAUUAAUGACUGUGAAGUCUCAAUAUCUAAAUGCUAAACAUGUUCACAGUUUUGUCUGUUUAUGUUUUUAAAGAACUCCACCUUUUCAAUCUGGCAUUUCUUUACUUGGUCAUUCUAUCACUCUGUGACUUUUUAAAUAGGGAAUUAAUUUAUUUUAAUAAUAGUUUUCAGAAGGUCUAUUAGAAAUAUCUGGUUGAGGGAUAUGUGCAAUCUGCUGGUAAUUCACACCUAUGUUGGGCCUCAGUUUGUAACCCUUAAAGUGGGAGGAAUAGACUAAAAGGCCUCCAAGGUACCUUUGAACUUUAAAGUUGUGUCUUUGCCCUUUUCAUGUGAUUUGUGUUAGUGUUCACUUUUUAAAUAUUUAGAGAUUUUUAUAUUAGUGUGAAUGUUCUGUAUUUGUUUGGUGAGGCAUUUUAAAGGUAUAUACUUGAAAAAAAUAUAAAUACAGCUGUUCUUUGGAGCACAAAUGGGAAAAAUCACCCAGAAAACCAAACAUGUUGAAACAUCAUGUGCACCAUAAGUAAAAAACUACUAUUUUGAAGUAUUGGAAGUGUUCCAUAUAAUUUUAUAGUGAUUUUUAGAUCCAGAGACCAUAUCUAUUAACUUAUUUAAUACAUUACAGUAAUCUUGUGAGGUAUAACCAUUCUCCAAAUGAGGGAGCAGGACCACAAAGUUCUUCAUAAAGCUUUAAUGCCAUGAAAGUAUUCAGCGAUGAUCACUGCUCUUAAUAUGCCACCUUCCUCCAGGAGAGAACAGUCUGAAUCACUGAAACAUCGGAGUAGUUGAGUAAUAAACACAUAUAUGUAUUGCCUUCAAGUCUUAGAGUGAUAUAAAGUAGUCUUAACUGAAUAUUUCUUAGUUUAAUUAUUUGAACCGGUUGAUUGUAUUGACUAAAUAUAAUUAUCUGAAGUAUUUAUGAUGAGCAUAUUGUUAUUUCUAAGUACUUCUGAGUUAUUGAGGGUGCUUACACAAUACUGAAGAAAGCAUGAUUCUUCCUUUCGUUUUAUUUAUAUGAAUCUUGUAGCAGUCUUUUAUAAAAAGUAAAACUAGCCCCAGCCCCAAUCUUAAAUUAUCAUAGUUUUUGAUUAUUAUCCAAUAAAUUCGGCUUAUCUAAAUUUCAUAUACAGAUUGAUAAUUUUUCAUUUUGUAUGGGUAUUUAGAUGGUAAACACUUUCCACAGAGUAUAUUUCUGUUCACAAACUACUUAAUUAGUAUUGGCUUGAUAUUCUCCCAAAUCUUACAGAACUUUGAAAUGUCAUUUGAUGAGCUUCAAAAAUGAUAUGUUACUUAAGUAAAUGCUGGCAUCCUUACUAAUCUUUCCACAUACAAAAUCUUGAUGCAUUUGAUGCCACUGAACAAUAAUAGCAUAAAGAACAGGACUCACAGUCUAGACUGGAUUGAGUUUUAAUUAAACUUUUUCAGCCAUAACCUGAUAAGAAUCAGUUUGGGUCUAGAAGUAACCAGACUGUGGGCCUGUAUUACUGUAGUGAGCCAGUGUUUGUGUUUACUGCCACACUUGCAGAGCAGUGCCAGUUUGCAGCUGAGACUGUCAUGUGACUUUGACUUUUGGUAACUACUUGUUUAUAUCCAAAAGCAGUUUAGAUUUUAUGGAAGUAGCUCAUGAUUGUUUGGACAAGCAAGGUAGGUGAAUUUCAGUUAUAUUUAAAGUGCAAUUAUGGAAACCCUAGAGUAGUGUGUUCUUUCCAGGAAAAAAACCUUAAGUGUAUUUGUAGACUAUCCUAGCCUGACAACUUUUCUGAACAUACAUAAAAUUUUGACAAGGUUCAUGCGUGUGAUUUUUCAAGUUACCUAUUUUGUGUUGAUUUAAAAUUUCAAGGAGAAAUAGAAAUGUUCUAGCCAAGGAGAACUGCAUAGUUAAUUUUUUUGCUGCUAACAUAAGCAUUUAUUUCUCACAGCUAAGAAUCUCUUUUAAGUUAGUUUUGUUACAAAGAAAGGCCAUUCUUGUAAGACGGAUGACAUUUUCCUGAAUGGAAAAUGAAAUAGAUCCAUUGCUCUGAACAAAACACCUUAAAUUUGUGCCUUUUCAAAUUAUAGGAAUAGUAAUAAUUAGUCAAAUAUUUGUCUGAACUCUUUUUUCCUAAUUGCUCUCAUUUUUCCUUAGAUCUGCCCUCCACAAAUGGUUACAUUGUUUGCUUUUGCCUGUUGGCUUUUCAGGCUCCUUUGGCCAGGCCUCACCCUAUCACUGUCAGAAGCUGUUCACUGGAUGUAUUUUUCUAUUCCUUUUAUGUUGCUUUACUUUUUAAGUCACUUUGAUGAAACUCUGGCUGCUUCUCAUGUUUUUAAAAUGAAUGCAAUGAUUAACAAUCUUUACAUUUCAACCCUUUAAAAUGUUUGUAAAGGCGAGAAAUAAUGUAGAACGAACAGAAAUCUAAUUUGGAAUGUGAUUCUCAGUUUGGUUGAAUUUUCUCAUCUACAAAAUGUGGACAAUAACCUACCUCACAGAUGUGUGUGAGUAACUGUUUGAAGGCCCUUGCUUAAAUACAGGGUUUAUCAUCAUAUUUAAGGUAAAUCCCUUCCUAUUUUUUUUUUAAAGUGGGUAUCUUUGAUACUGAUAGGAUGAGUAUUGAUUUUAGGUAAGUCUCAUGUAGUAAGAAUAUAGUGGUAAAAAGAUUUAAGACUACAGUUUCACAAAUUAUGGUAUUCUUAUUUUAAGUGACUUAAAAUUUCUUGAAAAUAUCAAAUACUCAAAUUUUGAAUUUGUCUUUUGUGGCAACGAAUAUUCAGAACCUCUUAAAAUGUUGGCUGAAGCUGCCUUAAUGUACCAAAAUACAGCUUUCUCUCAAGACUGUUCACAAAUAUCUCUGGUUGUACAAUGUUUUGUGUGUUUAAUAUAAAAUUGUUAGAGAACUGUGAACUCUCAGCAGAGUAAUCUAAAUAUUGUUUUAAGAAGAAUGCUUGUGUUCUUUGUCAAGUAUGCUUAAAUAUAAAGUGGAUUUUGAGUGCAACAAAAAAAACUGAAAGUUGAUAGCCAUCAGUUAUGACCAUGACAAUCCUAAGAAAAUGUAAGAUUGGAUAUUAAUUAGUCAAAAAAUUUUCAAUAUCCUGCGUUCAUUCUUUCUUAGCCUGUUUUUGAAAAAGAAUAUCCCGUAGGCUAAUAUAUUCACCUGUUGAAGCACUUGAUAUGUAUCUAUUAAAAUCUUUUUAAAACUUUUGAAAUUGAGAUCACUUUUUAUAAUUUAUUUCUAGAAAAAGGAAAAAAGCCCCGACAUUGAGUGCUUUUGUGUUUUAAUGCCAUAGAUUCAAAUUUCAGUUUUGUUUGUUGUGUAUUUUUUGUGGGUAUUAAAUGAUCAGUGGGAUGGCUCUUCCAGUAACCAUGUGGUAAAGAUGUCAUUUUGAACUACACAGCAGUUCAUAGUUACAGGUUCUCUCUGAUUAAUAUUUGCACUGUGCAUAUUCAUAAGUAACAAACACAAAAGAGAAAAGCAGCCUGAUUGCUUAUAAGCUUUUUUCACAAAAUCAAAUUAAAGUCUCUAGUUAAUGUGAAAGCUA